GCCGAGGGGGCCCCAGUGAGAGGCGCGGAGCGGAGCGCGGGGCUGAGCCAGCCGACCCGACCUCGCCGCCGCCACCGCCAUGGCCACCACUGCGCAGUACCUGCCGCGCGGCAGCCCGCUGCUGGCCGUGCCCACGCCCGACGCCGAGCGCCUCCACCAGGGCCCCACGUACCGCGAAGUGCAGAAGAUGAUGCACCACGAGUACCUGCAGGGCCUGGCCGCCACCCCGGGCCACCCCAUCGGCAGCCUGCCGCACCACCAGUGGCUGCCCGGCGCCACCGGCGACUGGGGAGGCGGCGGCGCCCACCUGGAGCACGCCAAAGGCGGCGGCGCCGGCCCGCGGGGGGACCUCGACGGCGGCUUCCACUCCCGCUCGCACUUGGUGCACCAGCAGGCGGCGGGCGGCGGGGGCGGCGGCGGGGGCCACUGGGCGCAAGGCGGGCAGGCGCACCACCUGAGCGGCUGCUCCGCGGCCAUGUCCCCGACGGCCGGCGGCCACCAAUCCCUGCUCUACUCGCAAGCCGCCUACCCGGGCCUCAACGGGAUGCUGGGCCCGCAGGCGCCAGCCCUGCACCUGUCCCACGGCCACGCGCCGUCCCACCUCCACGACGAGGCGGCGGAGGCGCACCUGGAGGGCUCCCCGCCGCACCUGGGCCACCCGGGCCACGAGCCGCCGUCGGACGAGGACGCGCCCAGCUCCGACGACCUGGAGCAGUUCGCCAAGCAGUUCAAGCAGCGGCGCAUCAAGCUGGGCUUCACGCAGGCCGACGUGGGCCUGGCGCUGGGCACCCUCUACGGCAACGUCUUCUCGCAGACGACCAUCUGCCGCUUCGAGGCGCUGCAGCUGAGCUUUAAGAACAUGUGCAAGCUCAAGCCCCUGCUCAACAAGUGGCUGGAGGAGACCGACUCGAGCACGGGCAGCCCGGCCAACCUGGACAAGAUCGCCGCGCAGGGCCGCAAGCGCAAGAAGCGCACCUCCAUCGAGGUGGGCGUCAAGGGCGCCCUCGAGAGCCACUUCCUCAAGUGCCCCAAGCCCUCGGCCCACGAGAUCACCUCGCUGGCGGACACUCUGCAGCUGGAGAAGGAGGUGGUGCGCGUCUGGUUCUGCAACCGGCGGCAGAAGGAGAAGCGCAUGACGCCCGCCGGCGGCCCCCACCCGCCCGCUAUGGAGGACGUUUAUUCACAGCCCGACGCCUCGCCGCAGCUCCACCACACGCUCCAGAGCCCCGUGCAAUGACUGAGCCGCGGCGGCU